GCUCACCAUUACAGGCUGCACUCAUCAUUACAUGCACUUCAAUCACUGCAAAUCAAGUCAAUGUCAAAUGCAUAAUCUAUUUCAUUAAUCGAUUCGGAAUUUUCGUUACACGCCACAUGAUCAUUUAUACUAAAAAAUGCAGUCAAAUUUAACGUAGAGUUUAAUAGUUAGGGUUAAAGCUAAAUUGGUCAAAUGAUUAGGGAUGCCUAAAUUUAAUAAUGCAACACCAAACCAAACUGGCCCUUUAACAAAGAGUAGGCCGAAAUCAUAAUUACGAACCAUUGGUGAUUUGGACAUGCUGUUGAGGCGUGGGAGCCCAUGCGCCACCCUCCAUGCACAAAAAGGAAAAUCACACUAAUCUUAGCUCAUCAUUUGGGCUUACCUUUUGCUUUGUCCCACAAACAAAAGAAGUAAACCAGUUGCUAUAAAAGUCGUGCCUCCUCAAGCCCCAGAAAUCAGAACAAAACAACAUGCGCAGAAGCAACUUGAAAAAUGCUGUCGUAGCAUUCCUGGCACCUUUCCCUUCUAUUCUAUUCUAUCUUUAUUUCCUUAACCAUUUCCAGAGUAAUAGUAAUUCUCUUCCUCCUCUUUGGUCAUGGUGCUUUCACCACCCUCUCCUUUUAGCCAAUGUCUUCUUUUUCUUCAAUGUCAAUGUCCUCUUCUGGCUCAUCGGUCACAUCCAAUCCAGUAACUGGAUGAUUGAUUUGUAUUGGACGGUGAUACCGGUGUUGCUAGUUCAUUACUAUGCAACGCACCCUUUGGCGCGUUUUGAUUGGUGGAGAUCAAAGAUUGUGAUAGUCUUGACUUGGGUUUGGAGUAUUAGGCUGACCCAUAACUAUUUCAGGCGUGAAAAAUGGCAGUGGGGUGCCAGAGAAGACUGGAGGUUCACUGAUAUGCGUCAACAGUAUGGAAAACAUUGGUGGUGGAUUUCCUUCUUCGCUGUUUACUUUUCUCAGCAGAUAUUUUUGAUUGGGAUAUGUCUUCCUCUGUAUGUCGUGCACUCUGUUGAUAAGCCCUUGAAUAUCUGGGAUUUUGUUGCUGCUGGAGUUUGUCUGUGUGGCAUUGUCAUAGCCUACUUUGCAGAUACACAACUGCAUAAUUUUGUGACUAGAAAUAGCAAGCUAAAAGAGCUUGUAAAGCCUAUGGUCCCUAAUCUUGACCGGGGCUUGUGGCAGUACUCGCGUCAUCCAAACUAUUUUGGCGAGCAAUUGUGGUGGUGGGGGCUGGUUAUAUUUGCAUGGAACCUGGGACAUGGAUGGACCUUCUUCGGAGCUUUGAUCAAUAGUUUGUGCUUAGCUUAUGUUACUGUGCUUGUGGAGCGGCGGAUGUUGAAGCAAGAGUACCGAGCUGAAGCAUACAGGUUAUACCAAAAGACGACCUCAGCGUGUGUACCUUGGUUCAGAUCUUCGGCUAUAGCAGUGAAAGAUAAGGAUCAUUGAUCUGAUAUUUGUUUCACCGCCAACUCUGAAAGUUUUUAAUGUUGGUCAUCUUGUACUUUGUUACCCUGUCUUGAUGCGGUCAGUACUUUGAUGUAUUCUUCUGUCUAUUUGAGAGAAAACUGGUUGUUGUCUUUGGUUGUCAAAGAGAUUACUCUAUGAAAUCAUGUAAAUUCUUUCUUCAUUUGCUAUAAAACUCUUUUCAUUGUCUGAUUUUCACAUAUGUUUGUAAUAUGUAGAUCUGUAGGUCAUAUCACGUAUAUUGUAUGGUUAUCUCUGUGCUAGUCUAGAUUAAAAGUCUCCUUUCGGAAGAAAAAUCUUAGAGCAAACUUAUAGUUGCAUGGAUGGCCGAAGCAAAUAUUUGGUUAUAUAGAGAUUUAAAGUGGUGUUUAGAUUGUUGUUUAGGAUGCUCAUGAAUAUCUUGACGUCUCCGUGUCCCUCUGUUUAGCUGCCAAUCAUCUUGUUUGCUCGUGUUUUCCAAACCAGAAAAGUAUUGACAUCCUAGGCUGAAAAAGUGAUUGAUUAUGGAUAUCAUAGAGCUCUUGUUUCAAACCUUGAAGUUGGAAUUGCGCAUCCUAUAUUCCAUUCCUUCAAUAUGUGUCUCAAUGCAGAUGCAAAUAAGUUUAUGGAGGAACAUUCCUACAAGAAAACAAGUAGCUAAAAUAACAAAAUGCUUGAUUUCCAUGGUUCAUGACUUCAUGUGUAUUAAGAAAAGUAUCUAAUAUCUGCAACAACAAAAAAAUGUGGAUCAUAUAAUAUAUCCUCUCACAAGUAUAUCCAUCAUAAUGAGGAAAAUUUUGCAUAUCAGAUAGCAAGAGUAUUGGAAACAAGGAAAACUUAUUUUAGCACUAGAGAGGCCGCUUGACUUUUUUACAACUUGGUGAGGUGAGGAGGAGUUGAGGGUGGUUACUUGCUCUUGCAAAAUUAGCUUUUUCUUAGCAGUGGAUCCAUGGCUGACUCUGUUCUCACUUUGGCAGCAAGUACCCAAUUCUUGUAGGUUCCAAUUGAUUGGGGAGUUAGCGAGUGCAGGUAUUUCUAUCCUUCAAAU